CUUGUUUCAUCCAUGAAGCAGUAUAAAAACAUAAGACUGGAUGACUGCAGUCUGGGAAAUAAUCAUUGUAAAGAUAUCUCAUCUCUUCUAAGUACAAAUCAAGUAUUAACUGAACUGAAUUUAAGCAACAAUCAACUGGGAGAUGCUGGUGUGGAUGUGCUAUGCAAAGGAUUGAUAAACCCAAGUUGUAAUCUUCAAAAACUCUACUUGCGGAAUUGCAACUUAACUAAAGAUUGCUGCGAGAAUCUCCGUUCUGUGCUUAGUAACAAAUCAUCUCUGACUGAGCUAAAUCUGGGAGACAACAGUUUGGGCACAUCAGGAGGCAAAGCAUUGUGCGAGGGACUUUUGGAUCCAACCUGCCAACUGCAGUCACUUCAGUUGGAAUACUGUGAACUCACAAAGGAAAACACAGAUGGACUCAGCUCUGUCUUGCGCACCAAAUCAUCCCUGCAGAAACUUAACCUGAGCAACAACAAGCUAGGAGAUGCAGCAGUGAAACAGCUUUGCCAAGCCUUGCGGGAUGCCUCUUGUAACCUGCAAUCCUUACAAUUGGAGAACUGUCAUAUCACAGCCGCUAGCUGUGAGGACCUCAGUGCUAUACUCAGCCAUAAGCCCUCCUUGAAAGAAUUCUGCAUAGGGGAGAACAAGAUUGGGGAUGCAGGGAUAAAAGUCCUCUGCCAAGGCAUCCUGAAUCCAAACUGCAAUGUGGAGAAGCUGUGGUUAUGGGAGUGUAAUAUCUCUGCUCCUGGCUGCAAGGAACUCUCCCAUGUCAUUGGCACCAAAGAGACACUCCGGGAGAUGAGCCUGAUUGGAAAUGAUCUGAAAGAUGAAGGCAUGGAAUUCUUGUGUCAAGGGCUGAAGGAUCCAAAAACGAAGCUCAAAUCUCUGUGGAUAAGAGAAUGUGGCUUGACGGCUGCCUGCUGCAAGAGCAUUAGCGCUGCUCUCAGUGUGAAUGGCGUCUUGAAAGAACUGCAUAUGGGGGGCAACGGCCUUGACGACGGAGGAGUGAUCGAGCUCUGUGAAGGUGUGAAGAGCCCGAACUGCCACCUUGAGUCCCUCUGGUUGGGGCAAUCAAAUCUUUCAGCUGUUUGCUGUGAAGCCCUUGCCAGACUCAUAGUUGAAAAACCAUCUCUGCUAGAACUGGACGUCAGCUACAGCCAAAUAGGAGAUGAAGGCGUUCUUAAGCUCUGUGAAGCCGUGGAAAAUCCAAACUGUAAC